ACUGUGACGUCACCCGCACGGAGGAUGUUUGUUGCGGCGCCUCAGUCUCCGGCUCUCCAUGCGCGGCCCCGCCCACCGCUCUCUCACACCCAGAGAGACGAGCAUCGGGCGGGGCUGAUCGGCACCCAACCCAGCUGUCGAUUCAUUGGCCAAGACUGUCCGCCACUCAUAAAGCUUCGCCCCAAUCGGCUGAGGACUGGUUCCUCUAUUCCGCCCCCUUUUCCAGUGACUCAGCAAAGAGAGGUGGGCUCCGCGGAAUCCUCGGAGAGCUUUCCUCGUCCACCGAGGCCGGAAGUUAAGCGUAAGCCGGAAGCAGCUCCUGAGAGUAGCUCAGACGGUCGUUUGGCCCGCCCCCGAGCGUACCCCUUCCUUUCUUGCUUCUUUUGGCGCGAAUGCCCACGUGGACUUGGGAGGACGAACUUUCCCGGAAGGGCCACGUUGAAGAAGUCCUUCCCGGAGAAGACCUUUAAUUUCUGUGGUGACGCCCGAGCACCUCGCCCAGGAGACGCUCACGAAAUGCCAGUCCGAUGACUGAUUGAUUGAUUGUCUGGAACAGGAGCCGCGAUGAGCCAGGAGGCCACUUUGGGGUCCCCGUUAGCACCAGCAGGAGCUCCCCCCACCCCCCACCAGCACCACCCUCUUCGGAUAAGGGUCUUCCAUUUUAUAAAGUCAACAACAGGUUAACAACAUUCAGAACAAGAGGUCUGUUUUCUGUGAGUUACUGUACCAGUCAAGUGCGGGAGGCGGAGUAAGCCUGUUUGCCGAAAGGAGCCUGCAGUGAGCCAAAGUCCUGCUCACUCCCAGAAGCCUUUGCUGGUGUUUGCUGGCUGAGCUGUGCCCCCAGACGGCCCGAGCCAGCCUUGUGGUCAGCUCUUCCUGCAAAACAUCCUGCUUCUAUGCCCACCUGUUCCUGGGAAAGACUGUCCAUUCUUUCUCCCAGCCUCUCCACUUUGUGAUUUUCAAGCAUAAAUCUCCCCUGCCUCUGCGCGCUCCUUUGUACCUUGAACUGGGGGCCUUGACACUAGCGUCCGACUUUCCUCCUAACAAAACUUCUGUUUUCAACCCAGCGUGGACUCCUCUGCAUUUGAGGGAUAGACUUCACCUGGUUGACAAGAGUUAGACUGUGUCAAAGGUCGACUCGUGGGUGGGGAGGGGAGAAGGAAGAUCAGCUCCUCCCGUGUGUGCUCCAGACAUGAGGGGGUUGAUCCUGAAUUCUGAGCCUAUGCCCAGCUCACCCAAUGGAGCAUAUUCCAGGGGAAGUCAGGGAAUGAAUGAAGUUCCAGAUAGCAACCCCCCCCCCAAGUCCCCAUUCCCACCAAGGACAGCAGAAAUCACCAUGCCUACCUGCAUGUGCAUGAGUAUACACCUACACAUCUUUAUGUAUACAUGUAUACAUGCUUGUUUGUGUGUAUAUAGAUACAGGCACAUGCAUGUGUGUGCCUGUGUACACGUACACACCACACAAUAUCCAGCCAAAGUUCAGCACAGCUUUGUUUUGUGGGAAUGAAGCAUAGAAGUUUGUGAAAGUCCAUCUGGUGAAUCUCGGGAAACAUUUGCCUAGGUAAAGAAAGUCUUUGUGCUGAAGAACUCAUUCCACGUGGCUUUUCUGCCUGCUUGUAUCUUGUUUCUGGUUUCUUCAAACACACAUCAGCCUUGUAGGCUGUUCGACCGCUGCUGCGGGCUCCUCCGUUAAAGUGAUCUGAUCUAGGUAAGGCAGGAGGGCUGCACACUUCACCCAAGAGUCCUUUGAGUCUCCACCACUGUUUACUGGCAUCCUCCCUGGCUUCCUGCAAACAUCCAAGGUCUAGCCUCCCCUUAAUAACAUCUUGAUACUAUCACUGGACCACGGAUCAUCUGUCCUCUGAAGUUAAGGCCUAAGUCUUUCAUUCCACCAUGUUCAGCCUCAGAAUCUCAGAGUUGGCAAGAACUUUGGAGGCCAAUUAGCCCAGCCCACACCUGGACAAAAGUCCCUCUGCCCACCAAGCAGCCAUCCCUCCCCCUACCUGAAAGCCUCCCAUGAGAAGGAAGCAACUACCUCUGAGAGUCCAUGGUACCUUGGGAUAGCUCACUAGCACUUGGGAAGUUUUUCCUGACUUCAAACCUAAAUUGGUGUGUCCAUAGGCCAAGCUGAGGGGGUCUUAUCCAUCUUAUCCUCCUUCCAUAUAAUGCCCUUUAGGUAUGAAACAGUCAGUUCAUUGAGAACCCCUACUCUAUUCCCAUCAAUCAAUUUGAUGUGAUUCUAUAGGGGUAGUGAUUAUAAGUUCUGUAUGUUUGGCCCCAGAGCUGUGACCUGCAGAUUGUAAGUUCACUUGCUUAAUCAUAAGAAGUUAAGUAGAGGCUCUCCACCCUUGUUUUUCUUAGUCAUGGUGACCAAGCCCAGUGUGACAGAGAUGACUGAACUACAUGGAAAAUCCCCCAAUUUAUUUUUGUGCCUCUGGACUGAAGUACUGAACUCCAUGUGCUGAACUCUAUUUUGUUUUCUGACCUUCACCUUGUAUGCCCUUCUUCAGGAAGUAGGAGUCCCCACCUUAGAAAACCCUCCAAGGAAGAUAGCUGCCCCAAUCUUAUUCCAUGAUCCUUAUAUGGUCCCAAAGGCAGGAUUGACCAAUCCUUGUUUGGCUUCUGUAACUUCCCACUUACGCAAUUCCUGACCUUUCCUCUGUGGCUCUGCCUUUAUAAACUCAAGCUCUGCCCCUGAGUGGGACUGCUUGAUUUGGGUGUGCAUACCCCUUGCAGCUGCGUGCUAAGAAAUACACCUUUCAAAUCAUGUCUGGGUCUCGCUUGCUGAUUUCUCUGUACAACAGGACCGUUCUCUGUUGUCUAACACGAGCAGGUAACAAUCUUAUGACCACUCAGUGGAGGUGCCCCAUGCUACUCUGUGAGGACCACCCCCCCAUAUGUCAAUUUUGGCCCUCAAGAGCAAAGUCAAUGAAUGAGAUGUUGUAUUU